GACGGCUACUCCGCCUGGUCAUGGGACAGGGAGAGGAGCGAGGAGGAGACCCGGCAGAUCUUCGUGGAGUGGAAGGCCAUGAACGAAAAGAUCUACCGCUCCAUCGACCACGAGGAGCACCGGUACACCAUAUUCAAGGACGCCCUCCGUCAAGUCGAUUGGAACAACGCCGGCUACGCCUUAGGGGUCGACACUAACCACCAGGGCAUCAACGGGUUCACCGACCUCACCAAGGAGGAGUUCAAUGUCAUUUGCUCCGGGUUCAUCCUGGAGGGCUUCGAGCCAUCGCCGGGCGAGUUAAAGAGGGUGGCUGAGAUCCAGGAGCGCUUGCGGCUAGUAUAUGCCCCUCCAUCCCUUUGGGCUCAUUGACAUCAGAGACACUAUCAUUUACUUAUAGUCUAUCUAUUUCUAUAUAUGGAAGAGCAAUAAAUUCUCAUUGAAA